AUGUCUACGACGAUAACGUCUCUCUUAAACUCUCUGCAUACACAUUUGCAGUCACAAACACAGCUCCUGCCUACGCUCCAUGCUCAGCUAGGCUUGCCUCCGACUGCUCUCCACGACGAACUAUCCGCGCUGCAACAACAGCUCACCCAAUGCAUCGAAGGCCAGAUUGAGCUACGACGAAAGCAGGUCGACGAGUGGAUGGAGAAGUGUGGUGCAGUGGAGGAUCAGUGCAUACGAUAUGGAAAGGCUCUGGGCGGUCACCUCAAGUCGUCAGGACCGAGUGUGGGGGAGAUCAGGAAGGAACAGGUUCUCCCCCGCCGCUUCGAGCUUGUUUCAGAUUACCACGAGAAACUGCGACAGCAAUAUCAUACGAAGUUGGAGCAGCUCCUGAACCUCACAAGCAGGAUAUCCGCGCUAGCCAACACCCUUGGCCAAGAUUUUUAUGCGGCUGACAUCCUUGAACCUGCCCCUGCCAUUGGCGAAAAUGAAUACGACUCAACAUCGCAUCGAGACGUCACGCCAGAGCGCUUCUCCAAGUUAGAGAAGGAGUUGGUUCGCGGGAAGGGUGAAGUUGCCAAGCGUCUCACUCAGCUCUCAGCGCAUUUCGUCCAGAUAGACUGGUUGUACACAGAACUGGGUAUCACACCUCCUUCCUUAGACGACCUUCCUACCGCCUCCUCGUCUACCCUUGGCCUCCCUCCUCUCCCUCGCCCCGGUUCAUCAUGCGGCAGUCGAACAACAGGCCCAGACCCAUUCCUCUCCACCUCUAUGUCCAUCCCUAUGUCAACGCCAACGCCCGCGUCGCGUCUCAAGCCCCUAACCCCACUCUUGUUCUUGUCUGACGAUACGCCACAGACCACUCAGGUCGACCACCAGCGCGUCUUCGCGAAGUUCGUUGCCCGGAUGGAAGAGCUUUCUGACGAGGAUCUCCCAGACUCCAAUGUUGCCGUCGGCCUGGAGGGCGUCGAGCCGACCCCGGCGCUAAUGGCAUGGGCCGAGGCCACCCGCGCGGACCUCGAGGAGACGAAGAAGCGGCGCGAGGCGCACAUACAAGCGAUGUACGACCAGCUCGAGGCGCUGUGGCGUAGGCUAGGCGUUACCGACGCGGAAAUGGACGCGUUCGUAGAGGCCCAGCGUGGGAGCACCGACGUGACUAUCAAAGCGUACGAGGAAGAACUCGAGCGUAUGCUGGAGCUGAAGCGCGAACGCAUGGGCACGUUCAUCGAGAAUGCGCGCACUGAGAUCACGAAGUUGUGGGAUGAGCUUAUGGUCGGCGAAGAAGAGCGGGCCGACUUCGCACCUUUCUUCGACGAUGAGCAUACGGAGGAGCUUCUAUCCAUUCACGAGGAAGAGAUCAAGCGGCUAAAGGAGGAACGCCGGAUGAAGGGUCCUUUGCUCCACAGCAUCAAGAAGUACUUCGACAUCUGCGACGACGAGAAGGAGCUUGCAGCGUCCGCCAGCGAUCAAAGCCGGUUACUUGGUAGAGGACCUCGGGAUCCGGGGCGACUCCUUCGCGAGGAGAAGAUGCGCAAACGAGUCACCAAAGAGAAACCUCGGUUGGAGCAGGAUCUCCUAAUGUCGCUGCCAGCAUGGGAAGCGGAGACAGGCCGUGCAUUCCUCGUCCACGGGAUGAGCAUGCUUCAGUUCCUGAUGGACACGGUGAGCGUGUCAGACAAGGAGAAUGCGAACAAGCGCACCAAAGGUCGCGCAGGCUCCGUCCCUCCACGCGCCACGACCCCCGCUAAUGGCUCGAAUCACCUUGCGCCCCCGACUUCGGGUCACGGAAAGUCCGGAGUGGUCACCCCAGCGAUCCGCCCUGCGUCCACACUGGGAAGUUCGCAUUCCGCGCCGAAUAAGCGGCCGCGUCUUGGCGAAGCCACAGCUACGCACACCAACCGCGCCCCGUUGGGGAGCAGCCGCGGGCCCAGUGUCAACCGCGCUGCAUCCCCGACCAAGAUACCCCUCCCAGGCAAGACUCCAACAACAGCAGCAGGCUCGUCUCUCCCCCGUCCUGUUUCUAUCGCCAUGCCCGUACCGAAGCCGGGCACGGCGCACCAUGCGCUCGGGCACGGGCGCGUGCCGUCCGCCCAGCAACUCGGAUCCAGCCAUUCAUACGGGAUGUACCAACCGGGACAUCGCGCAGCGUCCUACAUGUCAUCAUCAACUUCCUCCUCAUCGAUGUAUGCGUCGGGCACUGGGAGAUAUGGCGCCCCUGCGCCGAGUGCGGCGGCCGUCGCAAAGAAGGCGUCGCGCGCGAGGAGGGAGAGCUUCAAGCCGAGGCCGAGCGUGGACGAAGACUGGGCGGCGGACGUCGGGCUUGGAGGGCGUCGGUGGGCUGGUUUCGCUGGCGCAGUGAAGGAGGAGGACGAGGAGUACUGAGGGGCGUCGAGCUCGUGAGCCUAUAGCGGCCUGACGUGCGACAUAUAGAUGUGCGCGGCAGGCUGAGGUUUGGCUGGCAUACCUCCCAGUGCGUCUGCGGGGUAUCUUCAGUGAUUUCUGGUUUUGUUCGAGAACACUCCGCAGGCAUCGGUGACUUAUGCGCACAUAUCUAACUUCAAUUAUGCUAUGCGGCUCUCUUCUAGUGUAUUAGUUCACGAUCUUACGCCUCGUUAUGAUUUCCUACUCUGUAACUGUGUGUACAGUAUCGUGAUUGGCAGGCAAUGCCGUUAUGGACGCAUGGUCGGACAUCGACUAUCUUCGCCAAGAGAUACACUUCGC